AUGUCAGAAGAGACGGAUAAAGAAGACGUUUCACAAAUGGAAAUAGUCGGAAAGGACAAUAUGGAUAGUAAUAAUAAUAAUAAUAAUAAUAAUAAUAAUAAUAAUAAUAAUAAUAAUAAUAAUAAUAAUAAUGAAAAUGACUUUCCAGAUAAUCCAGAGAGUGAUAUUAAAGAAAUUGUACGUAUUUUCAUUAAUAACACACUUGAUAAAUUCAUAGAGAUUAAUUCAAAACAAAAUUGUAUAAUAAACACUUCAAGUAAAUUGAAUCAAUCUAAUAAUGAAAAUGUAAUAGAUUUAUUGAGAAUGGAAUUACAAUCAAUUCGUUAUAUUAUUGAAAAAUUAAAUAAACAAUUAAAAUUACAUUUAACACGACAAAUUAAUGAUGAGGAGAAAUUAUCCAUGUUAGAAAUUAAAUUAAAUAAAUUUGAAAAUAUUUCCAAAUCUAUAUUGAAACAAAAUUGUUCAAGUUUUAUUAAUCAAGAUACAAUACAGAAUAGUGAACGAGAUUUUAUUGAAAAGAAUUCCAUUGGAACAUCAAUGGAUGAUUUAAUAAAAGCUGAAGAAAUGAGUUCAGUGAUUGAAAGAAGACAAUCACAAACAAAAUCAUUUUCUAAUAAUAAAAACGAAACAAGAAAAUUGUCCCAUGAAAAUAUCGAUAAUAAUAUUCAUAAUAGAACAAACAAUGAAGAGGAUGAAUGGUAUACAAGACAAUUAGAAGAGAUAAAACACUUACCAAUUCAUGAAAUACUUCAACGUAUAUUACACUGA